AUGCAUUUCAUCGAACCAGAAGAUAUCUCUGACAGCGAGUCAUCGUCUGGCGGUGUCGAUCUCCCCCUUGAGGCAUUCGAAGAAGACAUAUCUGCCAAAGACAGAAUUCACAAGUUGCCCCGGAAUGUCAAAACCCUCCGUGCAAUCCGCAUACAUUAUCUUCCGCGACUCAGCCGUCGCCAACGCUGCCAGAUAGGCAGCAGACUUUGCGAGCUGUCUAGUGCGUUCGACACUGUAGACCUAUCGAAAGGCACCGAUGAAGGCACUGCGCUUGGUUAUACUGUGGAACCUGUCCCGAAGCUGCGAGCACAAAUUCCAGAUGCAUUGCUCUACACAGAAGACAUGAUAGAAAGAGGCUGCCCUGUAAGGGGCUGGUCCGACAUGAGCACCCUUAACCGCUUCCUUUUCCGCUUCGAAGAGUACUUCUCGUGCGACGAGUUGAUCAAGGGGCUGAACAAAUCCAUACUCGUCACAAUUGCCAAAGUCGACCGAGUCACCCGCCAGAUCACCAUCUCCGAGCAAUACGCCGCAAACCUCUACUUCCUUUACAACCACGACCUCUUCCCGGAAGCUUUCGACGAGCACGGCGAACGCCGCACACGCGCCUCCUUUCUCGAAAGCCAUUUCGAGCCCUUCGCCGCAGACAUCACGCACACCCUCAGCCGAGCCGCCGCCGACAUCGAGGCCCUGCGCCCGUGCCUCACCACCCUCAAAUCAUACGCCGAGCUACUUAGCGUGCCCUCGUCCGAGAUCCAGCGCCUACACUGGAAACACCGCGAGCAGCUUAACGCGUAUAUGGUGAAGGUGGAUGAGGAAAUUGCGCAUCGGGCGCGGCAUUAUGGAUUGCUUGUGCUGUAUGCUGUGCAGUUGGAGCUGCGCAGAGAGAGGUUUUUGAUGACGGAGAAGAGUGUGUUGGAUGGGUUGAAUAGGAUGAUGGCGGAUGCUGUGCGUGUGAGGGUGUUUAUGGCGGAGAUUAGGGGAUGGGUGGAGGAGGGGGGACGAGUGGGUUGGGUGCAUGGCAUGGUGGAGAGGGCGAGGGAGAAGGUUGUCAGUGGGGGAUGGAUGGGUUGUGGGAAUAGGUUUUGA